AUGGGUCACAGCCUGCCAAGCUUCCCUCAGCGGCUCUGUGGCCUUUGGCAUAUGUACCAAAGGUGCACCAGGACAGAUAGCACGAAAAUAGGACAGCAAGAUGGAAAUUGGAUGAAAGAGCAUCGCUUGCAUAUUCACCCCCAGCAGCAGGUCUGGUUUAGCGUUCAACUCACCCCCGAGUUCUGCGGCGCCAGAAGUGCCCAUGUAGUGGCACAUCACGUGUACACCAACCUUGGCACUCAGCACCUGAAGUGUGUCCAGACACCUGCCUGCUUGCUCGGCGCAGCUGAUCAGGACCAGGCUUCCAGGCGAGGAGCCAGGUGCCCCAAGAUCAGCCCUGUGCUGCCAGGCAACCAGAGAUGCAAGCACCCUUCCCUCAGGUCACCCAUCAGAUGGCUGGCAGGAUGCACGGCAGGGCUCAGGGCUGAGAAGCAUGACGAAGUCCCAACUCCUUUUUCACCUCAGCCCAGAGUGAAAACCGAGCUCCCGGGCUCAGCCUGUGGCUCCCGAAGCCAUCCCAGCCCCGCAGCUGGAAGGAGGGGCCCCGGGGCGCGGCGGCCGGAGCGCACUGGGGCGGUGGCCCGGCCUGGGGCGGCGGCCCGGCCCGGGGCGGUGCCGCCCUUGCAGCCUCUGGAGCAGCCGUGGCCGUGCUGGGAGCGGCUGUCGCGCAGCGGGUGGCGUGUCUGUCGGUCUGUCUGUGAGCUUGUGGGGCGGGCAGCCAUGCAGCGCUGGAGGCUCCUUGUCUUGCCGGUGCUCCUCACCGUGCUGCUCUCCGUCAGAGGCGAAGAUGACUUCUCUUUAGGAGACGCACUUUUGGAAGAUGAUUUUGACUUGUCCCAUGCUCUUGGUCCUGAUGAUCCCAAGCCACGUCCUCCUGCAAAUCCUAGAGACACUGAUAACCCCAAGCAAGAUCAACCUAAAGGCUCUGACACAUUUGAUGAUUCAGAUCUAUUGGAUGGCAAUUUCCCAAAAGGAGGAAGUGAUGGCAGUGGCAGCAAUGAUCGAAAGGGCCCAACUCCAAACGAUGGCCAAGAAGAGCAGGCUUCUCCAGGAGCAAUAGCUGGAAUUAUAAGUGCUGUAGGUGCUGCUGUAAUUGGAACAGUAUCUAGUUUCAUUGCUUACCAGAAGAAGAAACUCUGUUUCAAGCAAAGUGCAGAUGAAGAGAAUGUGAAUAUGCAAAGCCAUAGGGGAGCACAAUCUGAGCCACCUGUUCAGCGCACACUUCUGGAGAACUAAAUUAAAGAAAGAGUGGUGAAGAACAGAUCUUUGGAACUGGAUAAACAACCUGCAUUCUGCCAAAAAAAAAAAAAAAAAGAAACAAAAAAAGCAUAACAUAAACAGCAGAGCCUGAAGUUUCAUGAGAAAACAGCUCUUGUUUGAAACACCUCUGGGACUGUGACUGAGAUCUGAGUACUUCUGUAUGGUUAGCCCUGUGAAGCAUUGUUACACACCAAUACAUGGCCUUAAUGACAGGAGUGUAGAAGUAUGUUGUGCCUUUACAUUCUUUCCUUGACUCCUCUGACAAAUGGGUGUGUCUCAAAUGCAUUCAGUGUGUUUAACUUUUCCUUACCUCUCCAAAACCAAUAUGCAGUUAUGUUUUUUUGUUAUUGCUCUCAGGCAAUACAAACAUUUUUUUAAAUAACCUGUACUCAGUGAGUGGACCAACCACUGGUGUAUGUGUUGUGGUGUAAGUUGUGGGCACCCGAAAGCAGACACUUCACUGUGUAUGGAUGGUGGGUCUGGGUGUGAGUGCUGCUGAUCCAACCUGUGUAGCUGCCUGGGCCAGCUGCCAGGGAAGAGAUGCUUGUGCCUAAGCAUUCAGAAGACAAAAAUUAUGUUUUUGUUUUUAGAUUUUUUUUUUUUAGUUGCAUCUGUCUGGUACAGAUUGAGAAAACCCAAAGUUAAUGCACACCGAGCCUUCAUCCUUUCUGGCUCUUCCUGCCUAGCAAGUACUGAGCUGGUCAGUUGUGGAAAAGCCUGUUUUGCAGAUCAGAAACAUAAUAGGGCUUUGUAUUUCUGUGACAUUGAUGUUUGGCAUUGCCUAAAGAGUGGUGGAUGAAGUACUUGGGAGUGGGGAUUAACAUCUUCAGGCUUCCAUAGCCAAAAGCUUAAGAGAAAGUAGUGUUGAAUUCAGAAGGCUUAUCAUACAUGAGUAAGGGACAUGCGCCAUGGUUCCAAGCUACAAACAGCAAGACUGACCAGAACAAGCCAACCUCACUCCACAGGCAUCCACUGAACACUAGAAAUAGCAAACAUGUGAGAAGUGCUUUUGGACUUGUGAAGGAUUGCCCUAGGAUGAUCACCUGUGGUUGCAUCCUCCUCUGAAAGCACUUGUGACCUGUGCUGUGGCUCUUGAAAGCAAUAGGAAUGUUUCAAGGAUCUGUGGAAACAUGGAAAACUACAACUCAUAACAGCUAAAGGACUAAAUCUGGAAUAAUAACUAGUUCUGUCAGGAAGGAAUGGUCUGACCAGUUUUGUUGGCUUUCAUUCUACUUGCUUUCAAUUUUCAUGCAAUUUUACCGUAUGAGUCUUAUUAAUGGGCUUUAGCCACCCGACAAAGUUCUGCAGGAAGAUGACAUUUCAUGGAACAUCUUACAACUUAUAAAUUAAUAAAUUCGGAUAUUAAACCUGUAAAUAGAUCUGUGCAUUCAAAUAUGAAUGUAUGCCAAGGAUAAUUCAUUAAAGAAUUUCUUGUACAUGUUUCUUAGCUUGCAACAAAGAUUUACACAAAUUUUAGUAUUUUCUUAUGGAAUUAAUUUGUAAGUCUCUUUUUGCCCCAUGUCUGCUUUUAGCAUAAAAGUGCUAAAAUCUUUAAUGUGUUUGAGAGUGCAAAAGUGAUUCCUACAUAAACAUUUGAUUUAUGUAAAUACAAAGAAAAGAAAUGUACGCUUGCCUACAUGAAUAAACAGAUAUAUCUAUGCCAAGCCUAGAAUAAAUAAAAUAAAUCAGUGUUUGUUAGCGAUAAAAUGGCAGGAGGAGCUGAAACUAGCUUUUUGCUAACCAAGACUCUUGAAUCCUUUUUCAGCUUUUGUGAGCCUAAAAAUUACUUAUCAAGACCUAUCAACAUUGUGAUUUUUCUAAAAAUAAAUU